AUGGCGAGCGCCGCACCCGCCAAGAAGUACCGCUUCACGCGCCAGGACUUCCAGCCGCUGGCCACCAAGCCGCUGCACUUCGACAUGGUCUUCGACAUCACGGAGAGCAAGGUCAAGGUGACGCUGCAGACGACGCUCAAGCACGACGGCGCGCAGCCGCUCUCGGAGCUCAAGCUCAACUCGAAGGAGCUGGAGAUCCUGUCCGUGGAGCGCUUCGACGCGUUCUCGCCGCUGGGCGACAAGAAGGACUUCGUGGCGCACGUGCAGAGCUUCGCGCAGCCCCGCGCGCUGCAGUUCGACGUGGACACGGACGACCACUUCCUCGUGGUCAAGUUCUCCAAGCCCGUGCAGUCCGGGGAGGAGUUCGUGAUCCGCACCGUGUCGGCGGCCACCCCCACGGAGAACAUCCUGGAGGGCCUGUACUUUGACUACACGCCCGAGGGCGCCCCCAAGACCAUCAUCACGCAGUGCCAGCAGCACGGCUUCCAGCGUAUUGUGCCGUGCAUCGACACGAUGGACGCAAAGGCCUACUACACCACCACGAUCGUGGCUGGGACGCGCUACACGAACAUCAUCACGAACGGAGACCUGGCACCCGGGUACCACACGGAGGCUGGGGUGCCUAUCUUCCACCCUGCGUCCGAGGUGCUCGGCGAGGAGGACCCGUCCCGCCACGUGCUCAAGUACUACAACCACAAGGUCAACAUGGCGCCGUACCUGUUCUUCCUGGGCGUGGGCACGUACGAGACGUUCCGUCGCACGCUGGAGUUCCCGGAUGGCGACACGACGCUGCUGGAGAUCCUCGCCUUCCCGGGCUACUUCGAGCCGGCGGACGCCAAGGCUGCGGUCAAGAUGCUGCACGACUCCGUGCUGUGGGUGAUGGUGAGUCUGGGACCGGAGGCUUGCGAGCACCACGACGAGCGCAAGCGCAUCUACGAGCUGCUGGAAGAGCGCGAGGCCCUCAAGGCGAAGGAGGGCAAGCUGUGCCUCGGACCGAACGAGGAGUACGUGAAGACCCCACUGAGCGACUCUGAUGCUGCACGACUCGCUGCUGUUCGCGCGGAGCUGAAGGAGCUGCUGAAGGUGUGGAAGAAGACCGGCUACAAGUACACCGGCGCUGUGUACCGCGAGAUCGCGAUGGAGAACUCGUACUACGGCGGCAUGGAGAACGUCGGCAACACCACCAUCGUGAGCUCGUGCUUGUGCCCUAGCUGCCGCAUGGACGACAAGUCGUACGAGUACAUGGAGCACGUGAAGGUCCACGAGUACUAUCAUAACAUCAACGGCAGCCAGGUUACCGGCCAGUCUCCGUUCGAGAUCUGGCUGAACGAGGCUGUAACGGUGCACAUGGAGCGCAAGCGUGCUGCAGCCAUUUUCGGCGAAGACUACAGCCGUCUGAGUGAAGUUCUGUACAUGUUCACCCCGGCGAUUGGGCCUCUUGCGCAGGACAAGUCGGCGACGUCUCUGUCUGUUGAGCCGCAGGGCUUCAACCAAACGCAGGAGCUUGUUUCCGUCGUGACGUACUCGAAGGCCCCUGAGUUUGUGCGCAUGGUGGAGCUGCUUCUGGGUGAGGCAACCUUCCACAAGGCACUCGACAAGUACCACACCAAAUAUGCAUUCGGCAAUGCCACGACUAUGGAGUGGAUCAAGUGCAUGGAGGAGUGCUCUGGUCUGAAUCUGCAGAACCUGGCCAAGACGUGGUUGAACCGCCCCGGCCACCCUGAGGUGACGUACUCGACGGAGUACAAUGCUGCUUCAAAGGAGUACAUUGUGGAGAUCUCGCAGAGUGGAUUCGAGGACAAGCCCCAAGGCAACAAUGGCCCUUGGGAGAUCCCGAUUGACUGGUCGCUUGUCAAGGAUGGCAAGUCUCUGAAGCAUGGUGUCUUCCUCGUGAAGACGAAGGACGCUAAGCUGGUGAUCCCGGAUGUGGCGGAGGAGCCAGACUUCCUGUCCUUCGCUCGCGGUUGGUCGUUCUUUGGCAAGUCGAAGCAGACGAACCCGUCCAUUGCGCGGCUCACGAAGCAGGCGCUGUCUGACCCAGACGCUGUCAACAAGUACCAGGCCUACCGUGCUGUGGCGGAUACGGAGAAGGCGAAGGUGAUUGAGGGACUGCUGAAGGGCGACAAGCAGGUGGAGAUUUCUCCCGAGUUCGUCGAGCUGCACGGCUCUAUCCUGUUCUCGGACGAGCUGACCCCCUCUGCACGUGCGUUGACAUUGGGUGAAACCAAGACCAUCCCGAGCCGUGAUGACCUGAGCCACCACUACGCGGAGGUUAAGGAGGCGACCAGGGCCUUGCUGCAGGCGGUGUGGGCCAAGUACUCGUCGAAGAUCGAGGCGGCAUACACCAAACUGUGCGAGGCUGCUCACCCUGGCCCUCACGUGGAGCAGUUCCAGGAGCGUGCCCUGAAGCGGCACCUUCUCCAGCUCAUCGUGGCUGGUGGAAAGUCUCCUGUGCUCAGUACGACCCCCAAGGUUGCGCCCACCGUGGCACCGUCCAAGCUGGCGCUUGACUUGCUCAAGAAGUCUACUUUCGUGACGGACCAGGCGACGGGUUUCCGCCUUGUGUUGGAGGACGAAACUUUUGCGGACCGCGCGAAGGUGCAGGAAGAGAUUUUCGAGGAGUGGCGCAAGAUGCCCGACAUGCUGACGAAGUACAUCAGUAUUGUGAGCAGUCUGGACUCGAAGGACGUGGGUAAGCAGGUUGUCAAGCUGCUGGCGAACCCGAGCUUCAACCCCGCGCAGUCUAGCCACGGACGUACGCUGUCGCGCUGCCUCUCGCAGAUCCGCGACUUCUCGCUCGCCACGGAUGAGGGCCUUGACGUCAUGGUGGAGGCGUUCGUGAAGAUCGGCAAGGUGAACCAAAUGUCGGCGUACCCGCUACUGCAGUGCUUCGACCACCUGGACCGCUUCGACGACGCCACGAAGGCGAAGCUGUUUGCGACGCUGCAGCGCAUGCAGGACGCGAUCGACAAGAAGAAGGAGGAGUCGCUGUACAACCAGCUCAACAUCAUCCUGGAGAAGAAGCCGUAA